CCGGUAGCUAGAUUGCAAGACAAAGAACGUACUGUAAAAGAGGAGCAGAAAAUAUUGUUUAGAAAAUAGUUGGCACCGGACAUUUCUACCAACUUGUCCGGUGGUGAUUACUUUUUCGCGUAAUCACCCAUGUGACAAACAAUCUCUAUUCCGAUUGGUUAAUUCACUUUCUGUGUGGCGAUUUGUGCACGCUCCUGCAUGGGACAAGCUGACAUGAUGUGAGUGCGAGAGAUGCGACGAGGUCACCCAUUCCAUGCGUGUGUAGCGUUAUAUUAUUGGGAGCCUAGACCUAAGGUUUGUAUUGUAGCACUACAGUAUAUCAUUGAUCAUAACUCUGUAAAUGGAGUUCCAGUAGCUGUAAAAGAAGGUAUAAACAUGAUGGCUGAAGCUGCUAACAAUGUUAUACCUGAGAAUAUUAAGAAACUUGUGAGGGCAGUGUUGUUAUCUAAAAUUGGUGGCGUACCAAUAAAGCGAUUCCCAGCUGAUUAUCGGUCACUGAUUGGUGAAAACUUUCCAUUGAGAAGUUUGGGUUUCAGCUCAUUUCUGUUGUGUAUGAAAUCAAUGCCAGAUGUUGUAAGAAUAGAUGGUGAAAAAUCAGAUACGUGUUUGUUAUUUGGUAUUGGUGAUGAAACGUCUUUUAUGAGUGGACCAGCAAUCAUGGCGCAGUUCCCAGUUGAGGGUGGUCAUAAGAGGCAGAGAGGUAGAAAGCAAGGUGGAGCUUCAAAAAAAGAAAAUGGAAAAGUAAGCACAAGUGAUUUGAUGAGUCCACUGUCUGCAAAAUUUCCUAAUCUGGUGCCCAAUAUGAAAGGAUGGUAUUCUGUUGUUGUAAAGGGAAUACAUGAUUCAAACACUGCAAAUGAGGUCUACAGGUUGUUCUCAUAUGAUGCUAUGGUUGUGGAUUACAGCCAUCAUAAUCACUUUUAUUUCUUUCGAUUUGGAAAUAUUACCGAUGCAGAACGCAUUUUGAGCAAAUAUGAUGGAUAUAUACUAUGUGGAACACGAAUUGGAGUUUCACCAGCACAAGAAAAAGGUGCCAGUAGCAAUAAUGAUGCUUCCAACCCAAACAGUUCAGACAAUAACUUUAAAUCACAGACUGAAAAUCUAGGACAGACAAAUAGUAAAACAGAUAAGAAAAUUGACAAUUCACAGCCUGAAAGCAAAGGAAAACCAACUAAAAAAACAAUUGGAAAAUCAAAUGAAAGAGGAGUGAAUAUUGAGAACAAGAAAAAAACAAGUAGAGGAAAAAACUCUAUGGAUUCUAAAACAUUAAAUUCUCAAUUAAAAAAGAAAGCAUUCACAGAAAAAUUAAAUGGUUAUGAGAGUAAUAAUACAGAAUUACAUAUUCAGCUCCAGAGUAUUGACGACUCGUGUGUACCACAACUUACCUAUUAUGGAAUCCACCUGGAAAACAUUGACAAAUCCACUUCAAUGAACGAACUAUUGGAGCUCUUUUCAAACUUUACACCUUUGUGGUCUCAUUUAGGGAAAAAAGUCCCACGCAGGAAAACUGUACAUGCUGACCUAAGCUUUAGAACUUGGGAAGAAAUCAGAGCGAUUUCCGAGCAAUUUCAAAACACACAUUAUAAGGGUGAACAAAUUUGUGUUCAAUUAUCAUUUAAAACAGCAAACGAACUUGGUUUAAUUUCUAAAGCAGUAGGAAUGGAUAACAACAACUCAGAAUCUGCUACUAUGACAGAUAAAGAAUGUAAAGGAGAUUCAGAAUUAGCUGAUCAGUUAACAACUGCAGAAUCUACCAGUUCUCAGUAUUCCCCUAAUGAAUAUUCCAGUUCUCAAUAUACCCCUAAUGAUGAGACUAACCACCAAACAAGCUCUAAACAAGAUGAACUCAACAUGGAGAGCAUCUUAAAAAGUCUCCCAGAGCCCGUCAACCACGAAGUAUUGCACGCCAGCGAUAGUGAAGGAUCCACUACAAGUACACGACGAAGAAGGCCAUGUAUUCUGGACUUCAUCGAAGACUAAAGACUUUAAAAAAAAAAUAUAAAUACAGUAUAACAAAUGGUAAAGCCAGGCAGUUGCUGUGUCAUACGACAAAUUUAACUCUGUUGCCUGUGAGCGCUAGGUGACGUGACCCUUUGUCAGUGGCAGUUUGAAUGGAUCAUCAUUAAAAACGAACAAUAGCGUGCAUUAUGGUGUUGCAUUUUACACCGGAUCGCAUCAGCCGACAACUGUUACAGUGUUUUGGUGAACUUUUCUCCUGCCGACAACUCUUUAAAUUUUAAGGCACAAAGUAAUUUAUUUAACAAAAAUGCGAGUGAGUGCUUGGUAUUAGUCGGGUAUGUUAAGUACAUCAAGUCUAGUUUCUAUAAAACUGCUGAUCUCUGGCAACUGUUGGAAACAUUUGAUUGGUUAUCAAACCAACACCAACAGCUCAAACUAUGGGUUGUGAUCCAAAAUUGAGUUCCCCUAGAUACACCACUGCUAGCAACUUCAUUGUUUCAGAAUCUCUGAAAAUCAUGUAUUUAAUUUAGUUUAAUAGAAUAUGUAAUUUGAAGUAGAUUUUUAAACCCCUUCACCGAUCCUAACCACAAAGAUGAGACAAGGUAUUUUUGAUAAAUUCUGAAUGACUCCCUUUGGCAACAUUGCACCAAGGUAUAUACAUUAAUAUUUAUAGACAAAUUUGCCUAAAAAAGUAUUUUAUUUAGAAGUCGGGGUGUUAGCCGUGAUGUAAUGUUUCAUUUUCUAUUGUACUUUGUAUCAAAUUUAAUCAUAAUUGUGUAGUAGUACUGUAAAACAAUACUGGCACUUUGUAAGAGCAAAUUAUGUAUUAAUAGAAUCAUUUAACAACUUUAAUCCAAUGCUUACUAGGAGUGUUUCCUUAAGUUUAUGAAUUGUUUAGAUGACAAUUCAUUUUAAUCUGCAAUUCAGCCAAUUAUGUACAUAUUUUGCUGCCAUCGAAAAAAGAAUCCUUACAAAAAACCAACAAAGAGCCUCUCACACAUCCUCCCAGAUUUGGUUUAAUUGUUUCCUUUAAACAAAUCUUAAUGAUCUUUACCUAUUAGUUACUAUUUUUUUAUGGAAUUGUAAAGUAAAUUAUAAUUAAAAAGAAAACAAAAAGCCCUCAUUAGUUUUAAUAUUAACUGAAAAAAUGUAUCAUUCACUAGUUAAAUUUGGAUAAUCUUUGUAGUUUUUUUUUAGAUAUAAUUUGUAUUUGUAAUUCAUGUACCAAGAAUUAUCUAUUAAUUAUAAUUAUUUCUGUAUUAUAUUAAUAUUAAUAAUUGGUAAAUCCCUAAUUAUUUCCCAAUUUCAAAUUAAAAAUACAAUGUGUGUUGAUCUAAUCAACGUGGACAAAAAUAAUUAAAUAUUGGAAUUACUUAAGUAAUUAUUUGUAAAUCAUAGAAAACAUAAUUGUUUUGAUAUGAGUCUUAUUAAAGUUGCUGACUGAAUUGAUUCGUUGUAUUAAUUUAAUUUUUUAGGGUUUUCCAGAUAUCAAUUAUGAUGCAUUGUGCUUGUAGAAUGAAAAUUAAAAGAGAUGACGUCAUAUCGGCUUGUUUUUGAAA